UCAGACCCAGACAGAAUUCGUGUGCCGACAGGAGAAGACCAGGACGCUCCAGGCGGGUGUUUUGUGACAAAGGCAAGAUCCCAGGUCUACUCAGAGAGAAGCAGGUAAAGGAGGCAACCAGGUGAACCCCAUACCUCCCAACAGUAUGGAUUAUAAAUCGAGCCUGAUCCAGGAUGGGAACCCCCUGGAGAACCUGGAGAAGCAGUUAAUCUGUCCCAUCUGCCUGGAGAUGUUUACCAAGCCAGUGGUCAUCCUGCCGUGUCAGCAUAACCUCUGCCGGAAGUGUGCCAACGACAUCUUCCAGGCCGCAAAUCCCUACUGGACCAACCGGGGUGGCUCGAUGUCCAUGUCUGGAGGCCGUUUCCGCUGCCCCUCCUGCCGCCAUGAGGUGAUCAUGGAUCGUCACGGAGUGUACGGCCUGCAGAGAAAUCUGCUGGUGGAGAACAUCAUUGACAUCUACAAGCAGGAGUGCUCAAGUCGGCCUCUGCAGAAGGGCAGCAGCCCAAUGUGCAAGGAGCAUGAAGACGAGAAAAUCAACAUCUACUGCCUCACGUGUGAGAUGCCCACAUGCUCCAUGUGCAAGGUGUUUGGGGUCCACAAGGCCUGCGAGGUGGCCCCGCUGCAGAGUGUCUUCCAGGGACAAAAGACUGAACUGAGUAACUGUAUCUCCAUGCUGGUGGCUGGGAAUGACCGCGUACAGACAAUCAUCAAUCAGCUAGAGGACUCCUGUCGAGUGACUAAGGAGAACAGCCAUCGGGUGAAGGAGGAGCUGAGUCAGAAGUUUGAUGUGCUGUAUGCCAUCCUGGAUGAGAAGAAGAGUGAGUUGCUGCAGCGGGUCACGCGGGAGCAGGAGGAGAAACUCAGCUUCACCGAGGCCCUCAUCCAGCAAUACCGGGAGCAACUGGACAAAUCCACUAAGCUGGUGGAGACAGCCAUCCAGUCUCUGGACGAGCCUGGUGGAGCCAUCUUCCUCUUGGUAAGCAGGAUUGGGAGGAUGUGGGCAGAGUCACUUCAAUGCCACAGCUCUAGGUACUGCGCAGAUGAGGAAGAAGAAGAGUUUAUUGAAGAAGAUCAGGAAGAAGAGUCCACAGAGGGGAAGGAAGAAGAACACCAGUGAGGAGCCAGAUGAGGAAGAGACUCUCUAGAUGCAGAGAGACUGGGGAGGGUGGGGAUGGGCCCAGCUGCCUUGGUGACAGGCCCAGGGUGGGAGGGGUCGGGGCCCCUGGAGGGGCACUGGGGAGGUGUGUCUUCUCUUUGCUCAGAGAGCAGGGACUAGGAGUAGGGCCUCCACCGUUGUGUCCAGCAGUCACUGAAACAGAGUUGGAAAUGUGCUUGAAACAACCACACAGGACACUUUUCUACGUUGGUGCAAAAUGAAAUAUUUUGUACAUUUUUAAAAUGUGAUUUUUGUAUAUACUUGUAUAUGUAUGCCAUUUUGGUGCUUUUUGUAAAGGAACUUUUGUAUGAUAAUGCCUGGUCAUUGUGUGACUGGAGAUUGUUAGAGGGGAGGGAAGCCAGGUUGCUAGAACUGCCCACUUCCUUUCCUCACUGGGAGGGCUGGGUAGCUCUCACAAGCCUGCCUGGAAGGUAUAAUGUACUGUACUUCGAUGCCCAUCCCUGACAUAGGGGAUGGUAACUGAGUUUGUGUUAUAUGUUGUUUUAAUAAAUGCACAGCGCUCUCUUCCUGUUAUUACCAAA